AUGGCCAUAUUUACCUGGUUUGCGCAACGCGCGGGAGGCUUGAGUUCACUCGCGCUCUUCGCUCUUUGUUACUGGGUCAUCUCUCGCGACUCGUCCCCUGAGCAGAAUCGAUACUCACAAGAACAACCUGGUGACCAAACCUCGUAUCAUUCUUCUGUGUCAAGUAAUGGUGCAGGUUCUUGGACUUACCUCUUCGCCUAUUACUGCCUUCUUGUUCAUGUCCUGGUCUGCCUCUUUCCGCUCCGAGCAUGCUGGACUGUCUGGACUCUCACACAAUCGAUGAAACGAGCGGCCCAGAGCGAUUCGUUGCUUGAUCUGAAGAAACUUGCUUCGCGACGUGACUCUUACGCUUCGGCGUCAAGCUCAGACACCCUUAUUUCAAGUCAAAACGAUACUACUUCAUCUACUACCAGUGAAGCUGGCGAUUGCGAUCCGGACUUCUUCACAGAUGGUAUACCAGCAGCUUGCGAUAAUGUAGUCCAUGCCAUUGUUAUUCCCAACUACAAAGAAGAGUCUGAUACCCUUCGGGAAACGCUCGAUGUGUUGGCAUCCCACCCUCAAGCUCAUUAUUCGUAUGAUGUGUAUCUGGGAAUGGAACAGCGCGAGAGCAACGCCGACACAAAAGCUCUUGGUCUAAUGCAAGAAUUUGCCAAGAAAUUCCGGUCUCUUGAUUUCACCCUUCACCCCUCAGAUAUUCCUAGAGAGUCCGCCGGGAAGGGUAGUAAUAUCGGAUGGGCUGCCCGCAAACUGAGCGAGCAGUAUUCAGCAACAGUGAGAAAAAACGUCAUAAUUACUGGUAUUGAUGCCGAUAGCCAUCUCUCUUCAAACUACUUUACACUCCUCACGAACAUGCAUUUGUCCUAUUCUGAGACCGCAUUGACAACGAUUUACUCGGCACCUAUAAUUUUUGAUCGAAACGCACAUUCGGUUCCAGCUGUUGUUCGUGUUGCUGACAUAUUAUGGGGUGCUGCUGGCAUGUCUGGUCUAUAUCCCAAAUCUUCUAUUUCUCCGCCAACUUCUGUCUAUUCUCUUCCGCUGGAUCUUGUCGAUCGAGUUGGUGGCUGGGACUGUGGCAGUGAGGCUAUUGGUGAAGAUCUUCACAUGUACAUCAAAUGCUUCUUCGCCCUUAAUGGUAAUUUGACGAGCCGCGUUAUCUAUAGCCCAGUCAGCCAGAGCAAUGUCACGGGUGGUGGUGGUCUCUGGAAGGACGCCCGCGCCCGAUACAAGCAGGCUCUUCGUCACAUGUGGGGGGCUCUCGACACAGGUUUUGCGCUUCGGAAGCUUGUUCAACUAUGGCAGGAUCGAAAACAGACUUGUCGAUCAUAUCAGCCUCUCCAUUACACCGUCUCAGAUGCCAACGAUCUCAGCAUUCCCGAGGGCUACUCAAGUGACGAGCACAGUGGCCAAUCGUACGACAAUGGCAUCUUUUCAAGCAUCCAGCAAGAGAAUAUCAAGCAACCACACUGGGAGCACAUCUUCUACAUGAUGCAUCGCCUUUUUGAAGCCCAUUUUCUUCCGGUUCACAUGGCUAUAUUGGUCAUCUCAUCUGCAUUAUACGUCAAACUUACAGAAAAUAACGAGGACCCACGAGACCUCGGCUGGGUAUUCAGCUGGUGUAAUUUCCUCCGCAUCUACGGUUUCUUUCAGAUCGGAGUCUACAUGGCUCUCUACGAGGGCUUCCACCAAGCAGGUGUUGCCAGCCGUGAGAGGGAGAUGACCAAGGCGGGGCUGGCGGAUGGCAUGGACUUUUCCAGGCGAUCCCUCAAGAACAACUGGCAUGACUAUCUGGUGAUUCCCGUCGUUGCUCCCUUGUACGGUACGAUACCCAGCGCUCAGGCUUUGAUCAGUCAGCUAUGGGGCCAAGAUUUGGUUUAUACUGUGAGCAAGAAGGCGACGAGGCGACAGAUACCGAUUGUGAAGGUGGACGAUAUGGCCUGA